AUGGAGGCGGCGAUUGGCCUCGCCACCGGGCUCGUCGACAGCGUGCUGACUCUGCUUUCCAAUGAGCUUGUGGGGGCGUAUGUUGCUAGCGCUGAGCUCGGCCUCAAUUGCAGGGAGAUAAAGCGUGACCUGAUGUUCACGCAAGGACUGUUGCACGAGGCUCAGAGAAGUGGCGUGGUUGACAACCACGGUCUCCAAGGGCUGAUGCAGGAGCUCAGCACCAAGGCUGACGAGGCUGAGGAUGCACUGGAUGAGCUCCACUACUUCAUCAUCCAGGAUGAUCUCGACGGCACCAACUAUGCCGUACCGGAUCUGGGUGAUGAGCUUCGAGGUCAUGCUCGCCAUGGUCGGCUUGCUCUUCGCCACACUAUUGGUCUCAGAGCACAAAGGUAUUUUCAUCGAUGGCUUCCUUGCAGUACUGGUCGAUUCUCUGGUGCAUGCAAUUGCUUCCAGGUGGUAAGUGCUCCAUCUUGUUGGAUUAACACAAAUUUUUGCUUAGCCUUUUUUUGUCCACGCUAA